AUGCAUGGACUUGUGCAGAAGUCCAUGUCACGUUUUAUGUGUGACUCGUCUCUCCAGUCCGACGGGUUGGCUGCAGAUCGUAGGUUACGUCUGGUAGAGGGAGCGGGCGAGGGAGAGUGGGCUGCGCUGAAUGGAUUGACAUAAGAGGGAUUUACGUUUUAACGAGUGUCCUACCCUAUAAGUCUACAUGUUGCCGUCUCUACCGCCUUGGCCGUUUCUUAUGUGCACAUUUUUACUAAACCGUAUCCACGUGUCAUCGUGUGGGAAACGAUCGGGCUCGCUAUCUGUCUCCGUUUUGCCGAGGAGGGAAACCAACAAGGUCCGUGUCUCGGAGUAUUAUUAGCAGUUCAGAUAGUACAACUGUCUUUCUGGUUGUGCACUGCCCUUUCACAAUGAAAAAAUAAUUUUUCUGGCGCAUCAUUAUCCAAAGGGCAGAAGAAGACGAUAAAAACGUUUGGCGCUUGGAAUAAGAUAAACAUUCAACUGGCUCCCAUGCCGGGUGCGCGUCACCUUCCCUCUCCCACCUUCAACCAUGCCUGCCACCUCCAAAAGACAGCCCGCUUCCCAAAGAAAAAAUGGGCCCAAAGUAAUCUCCGCAAAGAGACAGACCUGCAAGUCCACCAAAACCCGAGGCAGAGCCACAGAGAGACUCCAGAAAACACCGUCAGAGCCCAAAAGAUCCACCAGCAGGACCCAAGCGCCGUCCGGUCGAAGCCCUCGGGGUAAAGCGGUCAGUGGGUCGGUCGGUCAAGGACCCGGGCGGGCCACGGCUAAGGUUAUCCCAGCCGCGACUAUAACAGGAUCGGCGAGGCUUAGAAAACUAAGCAAUCCGCCAGACUACUGUGCUCAGUUGGAGGACCCCCUGGGGCGGAGGAAGUCCUUGCGGGGAACGCGGGCGUCUAUUGGGCCUUGCCAACCCGCCAAGCCUCCCUCCAGGAGGGGGAAGAAGAAGGGCAGGAGUUGCUUGGCCAGGGGCACCGCUGCACACCGUCGGAACACACGGAAAGAGGCCGUGAACCCGGGCCGCGGCGACGCAAACGACACUAAGGAGCAGGAGGAGGCCCGCAGCGACGACGACGACGAUGCCAAAGAAACCAAUCUUCCUGCGCUGAAAAGUGACCCCUGCGAGGCCGCCGCUGCUUUCAAAGAACAGGUAGCGGAAGCUGUACACAAUGCAAGCCCGAGCUGUGCUUUCCCCUGCGAGUCGUCUCCCGGCGACGACACACAGCGAGUGUGUGUGGCGCGGGGCCGGUGUGACAGUGUCAUUAUGGAGCCAGAACAGAGGGCUCACCGGCAGAGCGUCGGGGAAGAGCCCGUGCCUGGGGUCGCGGGCCCGGGGGAUAAACAAGGGGACGGGUCACAUGAUCUGGGAUCUAGCAAUGGUGGUGGUAGAGAGGCAAGCCAGACCGAGGUCCCUGAGCACACCGACACUGAGGAGAGGCUAGUGGAGAACCAGGAGGAACUAGGUGAGAACCAGGAGAAACUAGGAGAGAACCGGGAGAAACGAAGGGAGAGCGUGGGGAAACAAGUUGAGGAUGAGGAGACUAGGCGAGAUAACGGUGAGGUGAAGCCUGGCGACAACCUUCCUGAUCUCAAGGAGUUGAAGAGCGACAUUGCCGAAGUCAAACCCGGUGAUCCUGCUAGCGAUGGGAAGCAAGUCUCUACUCCACAAGAAGAGGAUAACUCAUCUGUCCUGAGAGAGGCAGAGACGCAGAGGCAGACGCUGGCAGCCACCCACGAGAACGAUGGAGAGGAGAGCCGAAAAAAAGAGAGGGAACCGUGUUUAGAAGGAAGGCAUGAUGAGAAGGAAAGAAUAGGGUGCUCUGUGAUUAAGGACAAUGUUAAGGAGUCUGUUCAUCUUCUGCCCCGAGCGAACCAGGGUGAGGGAAACAAUGUUUCGUCCUUUGCUGCUCGCUCCCAUCAACGUACCUUGUUUGCUCCCUCAUCUGAUCUGUACCAGUCCAGCGACGCAUCGACAGAAAGAUCACCUUUUGAGACUUUCCCUGUGUCUAUCACAGCUACCUCAGAACCCGUUAAAUCCCCGGUGUGGUCGGAAUCACAAGAGGUACUUGCCCAUGGCAGGCAAGACAUCCGAUCAUCCAACAUCACCAACGGUGCUAAACUACAUCACCCGGUAUCUUCUGCUCUCAGUGUGAGCAACCUGAUCUCACGGACCAACGCGACGUCACCGAACGCACAUGUUACCAGAACCCAGGUCCUAGGCCCCGUCUUCCCGCAGCGUCUAUACCAGUGGAGUCCAGGGCAGGCCCUGAACAGGGAGGUCCCUUCCCGAGAGGAGAGCAGAAGGCCCCAGACACCGGUCCAGACGGACAACACCCGAGCUCACCCGCCUGCUCCGGAGUCAUCGAGGCCCCGCCCCCACCAGGAGGUCGCCCCUUCCCUCCCACCGCUAACUCUCGGAGACACGGUAGUCCCCGCCGGCGCCGGUGAGCCCGACCCGAGGGAGACCCGCGAGGUUGCGUCGGCGUUGCCGGAGCAGGAGUCGACGCCAAAGACGUCCGCCGCCGCCGCCGCCGCCACCAACGCCUCCCCACCGGGCGGCGGUAGUGGAGGAGGGGCAGGUGGCUACCCCUUCUCCUGCAGCUCAGAAAGCACCCGCUCCUCCCUGGACACGGAGUCUGACGCCGGGUGCGGUGACCCGGGCCCCGGCCUCCUGGCCGGGGGGUCCUGGGGGUUCCCAGAGGGGGCCUGCAUGCCCUCCUGGACCGCCGCCGGCCGGGCGCUCAAGAAGGAGAAGGAGAAGAAGAAGAGGAGCCGUUGCGGCGGUUGCGAGCCUUGCCUGAGGAAGAUAAGCUGUGGCCGGUGCAGCUGCUGCCUCAACCGCAGCACCGGCCACCAGAUCUGCAAGCUGCGCAAGUGUGUGGAGCUGAAGAAGAGGAGGUCCUUGUUGUUGCUGUCUCCCCCCGCUCCACAGGCGGCGACGGAGGGCGGAUCGGUAAAUGGCAGAGGCGGAGCCCAGAUGGAAGCAGAGACCCACGCGGCGGCAGCCGAGGAAGACGAGGGCGAGGAAGGUCACCUACCUCCAACACGGCCUCCACAUGUCCCCACGCCAGUACUCGCGGUGUACGCUGCGACCUUGGAGCGUGCGGCCGCCCCCACGCCUCUGCUCAUUAAGAGAGAACACAUGCCGGACCACAAUGCAGUUCAGCAGCACUUCUGCGGCACCCGUGGACUUCUCCGGAACCUUCCUGACCAGACUCUAAUCGUUAACGGUGCUUACGACAUGGCCGCCGGGUCCGACCAGCGGCCCCGCUGUCAGCGGGCGACGGUUGUGUCGCCGCCCCAACGGACUACAUUUUACACCACCCCCCCGUGCCCCGGCCCGCAAAGCUCACCUGUAGUUGAAGCUCCCAAAGAGGACGCCGGCGCCGUCCCACUGAAGAAGAUCAAGCUGGAGGAGCCCUGGGUGUGGAGCACCGAGGAGACCCCCAGGCAGCCUGAAGAAGAGGAGGAGGAGGAGGAGGAGGAGGAAGGGGAGGAGGUGGGGGAGGAGACCUACGAGGAUCCCCUGUCCACGCUGGCCGCCGUGGUGUGUCUGUCCAUCACGGAGAGGAAGGGUCUGGAGGAGAAGCUGUUCGGCUCGCGCUCGCCCAUCCUGCGCUCGUUCAAGACGGAGCUCUCAGACCCCAUCAAGAUGGAGCAGGAGGACCUGGGGGAGCUGGGGAGGAGCGAGUGGUGCCCGAGGAGCCCCCCCGCCGCCCCCACGCACAAGAUCAUCCAGCCCAUCCAGUCCAUCAAGAGCGAGCUGUCGGCGAACGGCUCGCCGCCCAGCGUGCAGACUCUGGUGGAGCAGAGGAACCUGAGCUUUGAUCAGGCCAUCGCCAUCGAGGCUCUGACCCAACUGGCAGCUAUACCCGAAAACACCCACGCGCACAUAAAAACAGAGUGGCCGCCGGAGCAGCCCGUCUCCGUAUCCACUCCCCUCGCAGCCGCUAAUCCCAACACACCCCCGGCGCUCCCGGCCAAGCACACAGCUGUCAUCCGCUGCAACAAGGUGUCGGUUAUCAGCUCGCCGCUCAACCACACGUCGGUCAUACGCCCCCCGGUGGCGAAGCAGGGGAGCGUCUUUCAGAUCUCCCGGGAGGCCGCGUCUGCGGGCAAGAUGUCUCUGCAGGACCUGCUGGAGGCCAGCUCCCAGGGGGAGAGAGCGCCCUGCUGGGGCACGGAGCAGACCUUCACCUCUCGGGUCAUCAAGACCGAGGCCGGCUACAAGGACUACAGCGACGGCCAGAACAGGAUCUGCAAGGGCCCAGAGAGGCUGUUCUGGGGGGAGAAGGAGAUGCUGGCCGGGAAGAUGGCCAGGAGGAACAGGGACGAGGAGGAGGUGGCAGCCCAGCUGGCCGACCUGGCCUUCAUCAUCCAAUCGCGUCAGAGCCAGCAGUCGGAGAACUUCCCUCCCCGCGGGACCCCCGUCGCCACCAUCAAGUACAACUACAACAACGCCCACCUGCUCCCGGACCCCAAGAAGGCCCUGGUGAAGAAGACCAAAACGACCCCCUCCAAACCCAGGAAGAAGAAGGAGGCGGAGGAGGGGGGCACGCCUCGCCGGACCCCGCUGGGCAAGCGCACGCCCAACGGCAAGACCCCCUCCAAGGGCCGGGGCCAGAAGCUGCCUCCGCCGGGCGGGGCGGCGGCGGCGGCGGCGGCCUCCCUCCGCCACAAGCGGAACCUCUUCCUCCCCCAGGCCCAGAUGGACCUGGGGCGGUACGUGGCCGAGGCCCAGGCCACGGAGCAGCGGCAGCUCAUCCAGCACGCCCCCACCCCCCCCCAGUACCACAACCAGAACCACCACGCCGCCCAGUACACCAGGACGCACUACGCCAACGGCCCGCCGGGCCAACAGCGGGCCCUCUUUAACGGUCACCAUCCCCAUCACAACGAGCUCCACCCCCCCCCGUCGCCACUCCAGAGCCGCCUCCUCUCCCCGGCCGCCCCGCCGCCGCCGCCGGCGUCCCCCCAGCAGGAGUACGAGCGGCGCUGCUUGUUAUCUCAGGUAUCCCAGCCCUCCUGGGGGCUGCAGCAUCAGGGGGCCGACCCCAACGCCGGCGGCGGCGGCGGCGGCCUGGCCAACCUCAACGUUCUCAGCCACGUGGCGGGCUUCCACGCCCUGGCCUCCUCGUCCCCUUCCUCCUCCUCCUCCUCCACCACCAACACCAACGGCGCCCCCUACUCCCCACCCGCCAGCCAGCAGGGCUACUACAAGCUGGAGCGCUCGGGGGCCGUGACGGUGCUGUCCACCACGGCCGCCGACCUCGCCGACCAGCAGCUCUACUCCCAGGAGUCCACGCCCACCAAGAACGGCGUCCACGGCUUCCUGGAGUCCCCCGGGAGCUUCCUGGACACGCCCACCAAGAACCUGCUCAACACGCCUUCCAAGAAGCUGUCCGACCUCCCGUCCUGCCAGUGCAUGGAGCAAAUAGUUGAAAAAGAAGAAGGGCCUUACUACACUCACCUGGGGGCGGGGCCUAGCAUCACUGCAGUCCGAGAGCUGAUGGAGAACAGGUACGGGGAGAAGGGGAAGGCAGUGAGGGUGGAGGUGGUGGUGUACACCGGCAGAGAGGGGAAGAGCAGCCAGGGCUGUCCCAUCGCAAAAUGGGUGAUCCGGCGUGGCAGCGAGGAGGAGAAGCUGCUGUGUCUGGUCCGACACCGCGCGGGCCACCGCUGCGAGAGCGCCGUCCUGGUCAUCCUCAUCCUGGCCUGGGAAGGCGUGCCCCGCGCCGUGGCGGACCGCCUGUACAACGACCUCACCGACACCCUCUGCCGCCACGGCUCCCCCACAAGCCGGCGCUGCGCCCUCAACGAAGAUCGUACGUGCGCCUGCCAGGGUCUGGACCCCGAGACCUGCGGCGCCUCCUUCUCCUUCGGCUGCUCCUGGAGCAUGUACUUCAACGGCUGCAAGUUCGCCCGCAGCAAGAUCCCCCGCAAGUUCCGUCUGCUGGGGGACGAACCGAACCAGGAGGAGAUGUUGGAGCACAACCUGCAGAACCUGGCCACCGACCUGGCGCCCGUCUACCAGAGGCUGGCUCCCGAGGCCUUUCAGAAUCAGGUGGAUCAGGAGCAGGCAGGCCCCGACUGCAGGCUGGGUUUGAGGGAGGGGCGCCCCUUCUCCGGGGUCACGGCCUGCGUGGACUUCUGCGCCCAUGCUCACAAAGACAUCCACAACAUGAACAACGGCAGCACUGUGGUAUGCACUUUAACCAGGGAGGACAACCGGGCGGUGCGGAACAUCCCUGAGGACGAGCAGCUCCACGUGCUGCCGCUGUACAAGGUGUCGGAGCGGGACGAGUUCGGCCGGGUGGAGGGCCAGUGGAACAAGAUCCAGACCGGCGCCCUGCAGGUGCUGUCGGCCUUCCCAAGAGAGGUGCGUCUGCUGGCCGAGCCGGUGAAGUCGGCCCGCAAGAGGAGGGAGGAGGCUCGUGUGAAGGCCCAGGCGGACAAGCUGGAGAAGAAGCUGGCCCAGUCAGCAGGGAAGGGGAAAUGUGAGACUCCAAACAAAGAUUUCAAAAGCACUUCAGCUGAGCAGCCGUCUCCGGGGUUCAAAGCGGAGCCUCAGGGCUCUCACAGACUGCCUGCCAGACCUCCGAGCGCAGGAAAGUACCAGUCAGAGCAGAACCAUGCCAGCACUUACAACCAGAGCACCAGCAACUACCCCUCUCCGGGCGCAGGGGUCCACCCAGGGAGAGAGGCCCUUUCGCCCCAUUCGUCUCUCCCGCCUGGCCCCCACUACGGACACAACGGGGCCAUCCACCAACACAGGACAAACGGAGAGGCGGUGAAUGGUUACUCUUCAGGAUCUGCACCGGUGCAUCGCAUACCCCCCCACCCAGGCCACCCCGACUACCCCCGCGGGUUUAAAACAGAGCCCCAGGAGGUCCACUACUCCCCUCAUCCCGGCCACGGCGCAGCCUCUCCAUCUCCUUCCCCUCAGCCAAUCACAGAGGGCCUCUACAGCAGACUCAACGGGCUCAACGGGAGCGCCCCGGGGCACGGCCCAGAGGUCAGGGGUCUCUGCCUGGCGCCGCAGCCCUUCCCACAGCCGCCCGACACCUCUGAGGAGCUGAAGCAGGAGGAGGUGUGGUCGGACAGUGAGCACAACUUCCUGGACAACGACAUCGGCGGGGUGGCGGUGGCGCCGUCGCACGGCUCCGUGCUGAUCGAGUGCGCCCGCCGGGAGCUCCACGCCACCACGCCCAUCCUGCGGCCCGACCGCAGUCACCCCACGCGCAUCUCCUUGGUCUUCUACCAGCACAAGUCCCUGAACGAGCCCGGCCACGGCAUGGCCAUGUGGGACGCAAAGAUGGCCAAGCGGGAACGCGAGAGGGAGGAGGAGGCCAUGAGGCUGGGGAUGGCAGAAAGGGAGGCAGGGAUGAGGGGAGGAGGAGGAGGAGGUCUGGAGGAGGAGGGGGAGGGAGAGGAGGAGAAGAGGAGGGUGCCCAAGGUGCCGACCCGACAGGCUUGGACACUUCCGCGGGACGGAGUCAUCACCGUGGCCCCGUACGCGCUCACCCACGUAACGGGACCCUACAACCGCUGGACUUAGUGGUGUGUUUGAAUCACACGCACGCACACGCACACGCGCGCACACACACACACACACACACACACGCGCGCGAACACACGAACACACACACACACACACACACACACAAGCGCCCACACACACACACACACACACACACACACUCACAGUCAGAUCAGAAUGAUUAAGCUUACACACCCCAUGCUUCUGCCUUACCUCAACUCCAAAACGUCUACUUCUUCACUUUUAUGUCACUUUUAUCGUGCUUUUCUAACAUGUUCUUUUGUAGUCUUUUCUCAUCUCUUGCCUUGAAAGUGAUGAGAAAAAGACCAAAGUUUGUGGGGAUUUUAAACUGUGAGUUGUGUGUUCUUUUUUUAUUGUAAAAAAAAAAUAAUGGAUGGUGCUUUCAAGAUUUUUUUUAAAUGUUUUUAAACUGGUUUUUAUAUACAAGAUUAAGAACAAAAAAAGUGAUUAUUUAUUCUGAUCAUGACAGUUUAUAUUUAAUUUCUGGUGUUAAACCUGUUGUUUACUGCAAAGUUUAUAUAUUUACCUACGGGUCAAUACACGAUCCGAUUGGACGCAGACAGAGUACGAGUGCAGGUCUACUGCACCAUCGGUUCCAUCAAGAGGUGCUCUCUUUAACCACGUGGCUCGCGUUGGCUUAUGCAGCGACACAUUUUAGUCAAACAAACACAUUACAUCGAACCCAUUUCAUCAGCAUGUAUGACACUGAGAACAAUGACUGACAUCCAUUCAGUACAGAUGAUGUCAGCGUUAUUUUUACGUUGCCCUCGUCCAAUCAGUUGCUUCAGUUCAAGGAAGUUUUUUGUGAUUGCUUGCUUUGUUUCUACAACUCUCGAUUGUCUUUUAUUUGGAAUACACAUAUUUUAUGGCAUAUUAAGGAGAUUUUGAUUUCUAAGACCUAACUUGAAAGAGGGACCCCGGUCCAUAGGCGUAUACUUAUGUAUGUACAGAUAUAUAUAUAUAUAUAUAUAUAUAUAUAUAUAUAUAUAUAUAUAUAUAUAUAUAUAUAUAUAUAUAUACAGUAUAUAUAUAUGACAUAGCCAUAGAUAAAACUGCUCUUCUUUUUAAAAUAUCUCUACGUUGAUCUGAUUAGAAAUUCUGCAAGUGAAUUGAACAACACUAUAUUACAAAACUGCAAUCAUGUCUAUGAAAAUUCAGUGUCAUCCACAAUUAAGUAUGUUUCAAAGAAAUUUUUUAGCACUUAUGUUUAAUUGGUUUCGCCUAGUGAUUGCAUAGGAAACAAGGUCAUAGGACUCAUGUCGUUUACAAUCAUGGCAUAAACUGUACAUUUUACUGGUGCUUUGGAGACCACUUCUCCUGCUAGAGUUUCAAAUGUCUAGAAAAUCUAUAGCCAGUUGUUAAACUUGAAUACAUGACUUCAUCGAUGAAUGCAAAAUCAACAAAACGUUUUGUCUCUCGAUGUCAUAAUCACACAGUAUCCAUAGGAAAUUCUGCUCUCUACUUCAAUAAUGCGUCUGCGUUAGACAUACAGGGUUGGUGUCCACGGGCUGAAGCAGCAGAAUUGUUAAUAAUAACCCUUUAAUAAAAGACGAUUAUAGAUUAUCAUCACUAAUGACAUUUCAAAUACAGUGCAGUAGUAUUGCAAGUGAAAAGUUGAAUGGGUAUUGACGAGAUGUAUGCAUUUCCUAUGGAGACAUUGAAUUGUUUUGGUGCUAUGGGAAUGUGGCGUCAAGGUGCUUUCAGUGACUUUACCCAUUUGUGUUCUCUAAACGUGAACGUAUGGUGCUCUUAGUAUACACUGUUGCAACUAAUAUGGAUAAAGUCUCUGCAACCUUUCAAAGCUGUUGUACAUCCUAUAUGGCUUUGUUUAUUUUUACCUUAAUUUCUCCAUGGGGGAAAAACACUGAUUAAACCAACAAGAUCUUUUUUGUUUUUAUGUUUUAAGGGUUCCAAAGUCUUCCACUUGUAACCAAACUCGAAAAUAAAUCAUGUUCAACUUGGUGCUAUUUAUGGCAACUUGUAUAAAUCCUAAUCACUGAAUACAUAAAAAAUGCAAUGAAUGUAAACCUUUAUUUUUCUUUCGUCAAGUUCAUUUUGAGUCAGCUCACUUUAGAGAGAAAGAUGCGACCACAUUGGUCAGGUUGUAAGUGUUCAUGUGGAUUAUUUUCUCAACUUCCCACCCACAAAGGCCCUGCCUGUUGACUGUAUCAAUAAGGAACUAACAGAAAGCACCAGCAUUUAGAAUUCAGUUUUUAUUAUAAAGUGUGUAAUUAUGUAUGUGAACCAGGUUCUUUGUUGUACUGUUAAUGGUGUGUAGACAAUGGAUGAUUGCUUAUUUUCAAAUUGAAUUACUGUAACUUGCUGAAAAUAUAUCCAUUUAGACUUGUAAAAAAGAGACAAGCAUUCAUUUUAUGGAUGGCUGAUCUGUUUGGGAUUGUGAAAUAAAGACAUAUUUAUAUUUUGGA